AUGAGCUCUGCCACAGCACAAAACCGCCUCAGCCAGAUCCAGGGCCAUUUGGAGGCACCCAAGACGGUCCAGGACGUCUACAUUAUCAGUGCCGCACGAACGCCGACAGCAAAGUUCAAUGGAAAAUUAAAGUCCAUUCCCGCCACACAGCUCGGCGCCGUGGCCAUCAAGGCCGCUCUUGCCAAAACAUCCGUCCCCAUCGACGCCAUCCGCGACGUCUACAUGGGCAACGUGAUGCAAGCGGGUGAAGGCCAAGCACCGGCGCGGCAGGCGAUGUUGUUUGCGGGCUUGCCAUCGUCCAUUGAGGCCACGACCGUCAACAAGGUCUGCUCGUCGGGCCUGAAGGCGGUCAUGCUGGCGGCACAAAAUAUCCAGCUAGGCCUCGCCGGCGCACAGAUCGCCGGCGGCAUGGAGAGCAUGAGCCGCGUGCCGUACUAUGUGAGCCGCGCGUCGCACAACCCGGCGUUUGGCGACAUGGCCCUGCAAGACGGGCUGAUCAAGGAUGGGUUGUGGGACGUCUACAACCAGGUGCACAUGGGCACGUGUGCGGAGCACAGUGCCCAGCGCUUUGGCAUCUCGCGGGCCGCGCAGGACGCGUAUGCCAUCCGCAGUUUUCACCGGGCGCAAGACGCAUGGGCAGCACGUCGGUUCGACGAGGAGAUGGCCCCCGUCGAAGUGCCGGGUCCUCGCCAGGGUGAUACGCCGACCGUCGUGGCCGAGGACGAGGGCUACAAAGCCUUGAACAAGGCCAAGCUGCCCACGCUCAGACCCGUGUUUGCCAAGCCUGGCGAACAGGGCACAAUCACGGCUGCCAACGCCAGUACCAUGAACGACGGCGCCAGCGCUCUCGUGCUUGUGUCGGGUGCGUUGGCAGCACAGCACGGCCACAGCAGCCGCGUCCUGUCGCGCAUCGUGUCGUAUGCCGAUGCCGCCGUUGACCCGAUCGACUACGCCGAAGCGCCCGCCAAGGCCAUUCAACUGGCCCUCCAGCGUGCUGGCCUGAACACAAAAGACAUUGCACGAUGGGAGGUGAAUGAGGCCUUUGCCGUUGUUGUCCGCGUUACAGAGCAGCUGCUGGGCCUCGACGACAACACCGUGUGCAUCAACAAGGAUGGUGGUGCCAUUGCCCUGGGACACGCUCUGGGCAGCUCUGGAUCGCGGCUGAUGACGUCGAUGGUCCACCAGCUGAAAGCGGGCGAGUACGGAGUCGUGGCACUGUGCAAUGGCGGCGGUGCGGGCAGUGCCAUGAUUGUGCAGAGAGUGGACAAGGUGUAG